AUGAACCCAGACAAUGUCGUGAAUGAUCUAUGGGGUCAAAUUAUAGAGCAUGAAACAGAACCUAUUAAACCAUAUGGAGCUGGAGAUUCUCAUGUUUUAUUUGUUGGAGGCGAACAAUCAGGUAAAUCCUCUUUGAUUAAUCAAUUUUUUGGAAGAGGAGAUAGUACUUAUCCAACACUUGCUCUAGCUUACCAAUGCUGCAAUCUUAAAGUCAAUGGAAAAGAAAAAGUCCUUCAUUUUUGGGAAUUAGGUGGUGGUGUCCAAAUGGAAUCCCUUAUUCCUACAAUUGCUACAGAGGAUACCAUUAGCGGAUUCGUAGUUUUUGUUUGUUUUGACCUUUCAAAGUCAGCAUCGAUAAUAGAAUCAUUAGAAUGGCUAGAUAUCCUACAAAUGCGCUUAAAAGAUAAACAAAAUGCAAUAUUCUUAGCAGGAACCCACUACGACUUAUUUGAAUCGAAAUCGCCUCAAGAUAAAGAAAUAAUAGUACAAGGAUUACGAUCUAUCGCUGCAGAACAUAAAGUUGGUUUAGUUUUUACAUCUUCUAAAAUGGAAACACUUAUUAAUAGAUUCAAAAAUGUGAUAAAAUACGUUUGUAUUGCAAAUUCUAACGUUAGAGAGAAAUCUGUCGACUUUUUCAAUCCAGUAAUCGUUGGACCAGGUGCUGAUACAGAACUACAAACCAGUGGCCAAGAAGUUGCUGAUAUGAUGAAUAAAUUAUCCGCAGAAAUCGCGAUUGAAAAACGCGACAAGUCUUCCAAUAGUUUGAAGAAUGUUAUAACUGAUCCAGGAUUAGCUGAAGAAGAUAUUGACUCCCUUUAUCUUGCAAAGAAAGCUGAGUUGAAUUCCAAGAAGGCCAAAUAA